AUGUUGCGUCGAACCGUGUCUGCGGGUCUGACAAGCCGAUUGCCACUAAUUGCAGAACGACCCUUUCUUAGUACUGCCGAUCUUGGACAUCCGGACUGCCAACCUGUGCUUGAUGAGCCUUCGGAUCAGGAUUCAAAGGCAGAUGGAGAACUGGAACAUGUUAAGUAUUCGAUACCCUGCCAGCACAAUGCGUGCCAGACUUGUCGACGAAGACGCGUCAAAUGCGACCUGACUGAGCCAGUUUGCGAACGAUGUCUCAAGGCCAAGAUACCGUGUAGAGGAUACUCGAAAGACCUCAAAUUCGUGGAUGAGAAAGGACGAGCCCAAAAGCGGGUCCAGAUCAAACACGAAGCAUAUCUCCAGUCCAUCCAAGCGGAUGCAGAGAAAAUCCGAGCCAGUCGUAAGCUGGAGCUUCGGUGCAGUAGUGAGGCAGUACCACCGGAACUCUCUCUUGUUGCAUUCCAGGAACAUGUACAAAUGUCACAUAUGGAUUCCAAGCUCUUUGAAGGCGCCAAGAUAUUGGCUCCUUGGACAACGGCCCGUUACGAUGGAGAAGAUAGCUACACGGCAACGCAAACUAUGAGAGCUCUCGGAAGUGUCUAUUAUGGUCGUAUGUAUCGACACAAAGAGAGUUUAGAUCAAAGUAUGAUCUAUUAUAGCAAAGCUAUUCGGCUUCUUGCUUCAGAUCUCCAGGACCCGAAGUCCGUCUAUGAAGCUUCAUCUCUGAAUAACAUUCUGUCUCUCUGCAUUUUCGAGAUGAUGGCGUCACCUUCGGGGCAGGGACUUAUCGGACAUCAGUUUGGAAUUGAGAGGCUAGUUGAAGCUUGGACACCAGAGAAAUUUCGACAGCAACCCGAACAGAUGAUCCUGGACAAUUGUAGGCUGGCCAUGUCGUAUGUCCAUAUGGAUGUGCGGAAGAGAAGUUUUCUGGAGCAGCCAAAGUGGCUCAAUGUACCAUGGUCUAAGGAACCUGAAUCCAAGACGUUGUUUGCUCGCCUGUGUGAUAAAAUCUGUCCCUUGCCUGGACUGCUCGAAGACAUGGAGAAUUUGCGUUUAGGAGGCGAUGUUUCGCCGAAACUUCUUCCGUCGCUCUGCGAGAAUAUCCAGGUUAAAAUACACGAUCUCUACAUUUGGAGAGCUGCUUGGGAGAAAGAAAAUGGAGCUUGUUGCGUAACUUUUCAGAGCCGGGAUCCUCGCAUCCCUUUCUCCGCCCUACUACAAUUCAAAACCCUCCAACAAGCUUUCGAGAUCAGCCUCUACGAUACGAUCCUCCUCACUCUCUUCCGAAUGGGUCGAGUACUCAUGGGACCAAACUUCGCUCCCGUCGCAUCAGCUACCACUUCAUUAUCACGAACGAACAUCGCACUUUUACGACCAUCCGAUUCAAAGACCGUCCAAGACAUCGCAAGGGAGAUUCUCAGGAUAGUCGAGUAUGCCAUAUCAGACCCUCAUCAAAGUGCGGGCUGCUUUCAGAUGCUGUUUCCGCUGAGAGCAGCUCUUGAGGUCUUUAAGCCUGGCUCCAAGGAAUGGGACUAUCUCUCAAAAUGCUUCGACGAUAUCGCGGACAAGGGAGGGUUCGAAAUGAGUCGUGGGGUUAUGCCUUCUGGCCUUUGUGGGAGAUUUCUGAUGGAUGAGUACAUUAACACCUGAGAUUACAGGAUUCUGCCGAAUAUGUGAGAGACAUUUCCCCUAUCUAGACUCAAUACCCAUGGGCUACGGUUCCGUCGAUAUCGGGCACAAGUUACGAAGUUCCUGGCACUGGUGCGAAAAGGGAAAGAGAGGGCAUUCGCCUUGCUCCUUCCCUCGUCACCCUACUUUCAGCAUGACGACCAGCAAUAUCAGAUCUUCAUGCUUGAUAGAACACCCCUUCGUACAAUUACAUCCAUCAACCCAAUCCAUCGCUUAAUUCUUCUCGCACGACGUAACGAGCCCGACAAGAGGCUGGAAUUCGAAGGAUUCGGGUUAUAUUGCGCUUGACGACUUCAUCGAAGACAAACUUGGAUGGCAACAUUUCGACAUUGAUACCCGCUUUCGAAGUGCGAAGGCCGCGUUUGCCCUCUCAAUUCAA